AUGUCUACUGAAACUGCUUUGUCUUACGCUGCCUUGAUCUUGGCUGACGCUGAGGUCGAAAUCUCUUCUGAGAAGUUGUUGACUUUGACCAACGCUGCUAACGUUGCUGUUGAAGGUAUCUGGGCUGACAUCUUUGCCAAGGCUUUGGAAUCCCAAGACUUGAAGAGCCUAUUGAUCAACUUCUCUGCUGGCUCUGCUGCUGCUCCAGUUGGUGGUGCCGCCGCUGCCGGUUCCGCUGGUGCCGAGGAAGCUAAGGAGGAAGAGGAAGAAGAAGCUAAGGAAGAAUCCGACGACGACAUGGGUUUCGGUUUGUUCGAUUAG